AUGUCGAAGACCAAUCUAGACCUCAUUUGUGACACUGACAAUGACGAUGAGACAGCCGAGGCCAAUAGCUUGCGUAGUAGACUGUUCAAGCUACUGUGGGAAGAUGAAGACGGACAAUAUGCCAUCGGCUACGUGCCUGAUUGGGUCAUCAAUGAACUGUCUCAAACACCCCAAGACAUACGGGGAGACAUGCGGCUAAACACAGCUGACCGGACCGUCGAGCUGUUCAGGACGCCGCAGACGGAAGAGGAGCGAACCCGUGCUGUAUCGACAUUGACAGGCUACUGGCGUGAAAAGGGCACCUUCAAGACUCUCAAAGGAUGGCGUGACGAGCUAUGGCCCGUGUAUGCUCGAAAGGGGGAGCUUCUCUUCAGCGUGGAAAGGGCUGCCAUGGGCCUGUUUGGCACUGCGCGAUACGGAGUCCACAUGGUUGCCUAUGUCGAAGAUCCAACCGCUCCUUAUGGGAUUAAACUCUGGGUGCCAAAGCGAGCAUCCAACAAGUCGACUUUCCCCGGCAUGCUGGACAACACCGUGGCUGGUGGCCUCAUGACGGGCGAGGACCCCUUUGAAUGCAUCAUCCGAGAGGCUGACGAAGAAGCCAGUCUCCCCGAUCCUCUAGUCCGUGGCACUGCAGAAUGGGUUGGGAACGUCACCUACAUCUACAUCACCGAGGCAAAGUACGUUGGCGAGGACGGCUACAUUUAUCCCGAAUGCCAGUGGGUCUAUAACCUCAAGCUACCUAUUGACGUCGUGCCGAGUCCCAAAGACGGCGAAGUGGAAGAGUUCCUGUUGUGUGACGUGGACGAGGUGAAGAGGGAUCUGCGGGCCGGGAAGUUCAAGCCCAAUUGCGCGCUGGUCAUGAUCGACUUCUUCAUUCGCCAUGGCAUUCUGACCGAGGCCAACGAACCUGAUCUAGCCGCCAUCAAGGCCAGGAUGCACCGAGACCUUCCCUUCCCCGGGCCGCAUCAGCCAGAAUGGCCCGGCCACAAUAGCAAACGGUCGGUUAAAGCAGCGUAG